CUCUCUCGUACAAAAUGGCGACCACACUUCCGUCCGAUGUCCUCAAGGUCGCUAAUGAAGGGUCUGUUAAAUUGUUUGGCAAGUGGGACAGCGCUGGUAUUGAGGUGAAAGACAUGUCUCUUCAAGAUUACAUCAACGUCAGUCAUGCAGUCUACGUCCCCCACACCGCUGGUAGAUACGCGAAGAGACAGUUCGUCAAGGCCCGAAUGCCCAUUACGGAGCGAUUGGUCAAUGCUCUCAUGAUGAACGGUCGUAACAACGGUAAAAAGCUGCUGGCUGUUCGAAUCGUCAUGCACGCCUUCGAAAUCAUCCACCUCGUGACUGAACAAAACCCCAUCCAGGUCCUCGUCGAUGCCGUCGUCAACACCGGCCCUCGAGAGGAUUCCACUCGUAUCGGAUCCCAGGGUACUGUCCGACGGCAAGCGGUGGAUGUGUCUCCUCUUAGACGUGUCAACCAGGCCAUUUCUCUCCUGACCAUCGGAACCCGAGAAUCCGCCUUCCACAACUCCAAGUCGGUUGCCGAAUGUCUUGCCGACGAACUCAUCAACGCCGCUAAAGGGUCCUCCAACUCGUACGCUAUCAAAAAGAAGGAUGAACUGGAGCGUGUGGCCAAAUCUAACCGUUAAUCGGUUUGUGGUGCACUUUGUGUGGCGUUGGGAUGGAUCUGUUUAUGACGCAGGUCAUGACAACAUCAGGACAUGUAUUGACCUUUUGCAUCGUGCUCUUUGCUCAUUUCUUGGGCAUC